GUCCGCAGGUUACUUCGAUGACUUGCCCCCUGAUGAUGAUCUGGUGCCAGUGCGAGCACUGCUGGAUUUGAAUGCCUUUCUUAUGAAAAGGGUCCCAAGCGCAGACGCUGGUGCUGACUACGACCCAAAGGCUUGCAUCGAAUCAGGCAUGAGCCUUGCAAAGAAGCUGUUGGCCAUUUAUGCCACUGCUGUGAAGGCUUUGACCAAGGGAGGCAAAGACUACGCAAGCGCCGUGCAAACCACUUUGACGUCUGAACGGCUCCGGCAUCAAAACCAGCAGGGUGCCGCCGCUGAUCCACCCAAGGCCAAAACGCGAUUGAGCAGCAUGGCUUCCACGAGUGAUCCCGCGGUGAUCAAAAUUCACCGUAACCUUGAAAAGCGGGCUCCGGUCAGCAUUGUGAAGACCUUCGAGGAUUUGGACCCAGCAAGUGCCCGAGGGAACAUCAUGAAGACCUUGUUCAAGGAGGAGGCUAACAGAGAGCUGGUUGAGGGAUUGAUUGACAAUUUCCGGGAGUCCAUGUCUGAGCGGGCUCAAGCGAAAGGGCAGAUCAAACUCGAAGAGGAGGCCUGCGCAAUCGUCAGAUCCGAGCUCUUGAGCGCUCUACCCGGGCCGUCGGAGUGGCCGUUUGUUCCGGAGGACAUGUUCCAAACAGACGGCCCAGCCCAGCUGAGUGAGGAAGAGAGCAAGUACAUUUGCGCGUUCUCCCGGGCAGCCUUUGUGCACGGACAACGGCACGGCAGCUGCUACCACGGAGUGGAGACAUCAUGCUUCGCCUCAUUGCGUUUGCAGCGCCAAGGCGCCCGCGUGUUUGUCAUGGUGAGACUGGCUGAGGCGAGGUCUUACCUGCAAAGGCAAGAGCUGGAUCCGAGCGUCGAGGAUGUGGUCAACUGGCUGCUCCGGCUGAGUUUGGAGGACCUCCCGUCGCCCACAGAGCUACCCAGCCUCACUUCCUCGACAAGCAAGUGCGGGGAUCUGUUCUUUGCCCCGGCUGGAUAUGUGACGGUGGACAAAGCGUGC